AUGCUGGCCGCGACUAGUACGGCAGUCGACGAGACUGGCGAUCAGCAUAGUGCUGUCUCCACGAGCGACAGUGACGAGUGGGUCGUGGAGGCCGCCGCUCUUGGAGUUUUGCAGGGCAAAAAGGUGAGUGAGUUCAUCAACGACACGGACGCGUUGCGAGCAGUCACACGGGAGCUAGCUCCCUCGACAAAGGAUAGUGUUGAUAUGGAGCGUUCACAAUUUGCAGAGCGGUUUCAGGUAACUGUCCCGAGUGUCUUGGAGUUACCCGGUGGAACUGACAUCAACCAGGACCAGGAACUGGAGACGCGCUUCCGGGCAAUAGCGGCACUGGGAGCGUGGAUCGGCACUGAAUGGUGUGCAGCACACGGUAUCCGAACAGAGCGUCCUGCGGACUAUUUCGCGGAAAUGCUCAAGUCCGACGAUCACAUGGCACGCGUGCGCAAGGCGCUGCUCGAGGAGCGCCAACGCCUCCACGAAAUUCAGCGAAUACGUGCUGAAGCACUGACACGUUUGGAGGCAAAGCGGCGACAGCGGGAAGCCCGAGUGCGUCUGCAGGAGUCCAAGCGUGCAGGUUUUGCCGAAGUCGAACAGUGGAAGCGCGAACAGGGUCUAAGUUCGGGCCAGGCGGUCGGCAGCGAGCGGUACAGGCAGCGAGUGGUUCAGCGAAAUCACUCGAAAGCAGCGGGGAGACCUCGGGGGAAAAGACGAGAAAUCAAAAAACGACCGGGAAAGAAGCGACGUGAGCAGCUUCGUGCGCGGCGGCAGCAGUCGUAA